GAAGAAGAAGGUCAUGGUGCUAUAUUUUGGAUGGCGUAAAACAUAAUGCAAUGGCGUCCUCUAAUGUUCAUUAGUCGAAGAACGCGGCAUUUACAGCUGAUUGUUGUCAAUGUACUUCCGGGUACAAGUGCAGAGACGCGUCUGCAGCUGAUCUGUUUAUUCAUAAGUACGUUAGUUUUUAAUCAUGUACCACCAACCCGUACUGAAAAACAGACGGACUCUACUAGAGCGAGCAGAGAAGUUUAUCUCUGAUAUAUAUUUCACAGACUGCAAUCUUAGAGGAAGACUGUUUGGAGACACUCAUCCGCUUGAAUCCGUCUCUGUGUUCCUGUCAGAGAAGCGUAUUCUUUAUUCAGAGGCCAUCCAGCAAAGCUUUCAGCCUUGUAAAGUUGGUGACGUGUUCGGGCCCACAUGGUGGACGUGCUGGUUCAAAGUGGUCUUGAAGAUCCCCGAGGCCUGGAGAGGGAAGGAGGUGCACCUGAGAUGGGAGAGCGAUGGAGAGGGAAUG